CCGGCUCCAACGCAUCACUCAAGUCUUGGGACCCCAAACUGAGCCCGUGACUGAGCACUAUGGGGAGUGGGCGAUGGGGUUUGAUCCCCUUCCCUUCCCCUCUUAUGGCUGAUUUUGACCCGCUCACCGACACCAGAGCCUUUCGUUUCCCUCUCUGCAGUGGACACCGAGAAAGAGCACUUUGAAGCUGCAAUGGCAGACACAAACCAUAUACUGCAGUCCUCACAAACUUUGCCAGAUGCAAAACAUAAAGGUUCUGAAGGGAAGAGCUUCCCUGUCAGCAAAUCUGUUGACUCUGUGAUACAGGCAGACGAGAGUUACAGAAUGGAUCAUGCAGAAAUGGGGCUGUGUAUCUUGGUCAACAAUAAAAACUUUCAUCCUGCUACUGAAAUGGCAUAUCGAUCCGGUACCGAUGCAGAUGCUGCGCGUGUGGUAGAAACUUUCAGGAUCCUGGGUUAUACUGUCAAGCCUUAUAAUGAUCUUACAUGCAAACAGAUGGUUGAUGUUCUGCAAAAAGUUUCCAAGGACGAUCACAGCAAGAAAAAUGGCUUUGCCUGUGUCUUGCUAAGCCAUGGAGAGGAUGGCCUAAUCUAUGGUACAGAUGGCCCCUUGGAGCUAAAAAUGCUAACAAGCCUGUUCAGAGGAGACAGAUGCAAAAGCUUGGCAGGAAAGCCAAAGUUUUUCUUUAUUCAGGCUUGUAGAGGAACUGACCUUGAUUCUGGAAUUGAAACUGACAGUGGACCAGAGGAAAACAUAUGCCAGAAAAUACCUGUGGAAGCAGAUUUCUUAUAUGCAUAUUCCACUGCUCCAGGUUACUAUUCUUGGAGAAACUCAUCGGAUGGUUCCUGGUUUAUACAGUCUCUGUGCAUGAUGUUGAAACAGUAUGCUAAAACACUUGAAAUUAUGCAGAUUUUAACACGUGUAAAUCGAAAAGUUGCAGAAUUCAGUUCUUGCUCAAACCGGGUGGACUUCCACGGGAAAAAGCAGAUCCCCUGUAUCGUGUCCAUGCUGACAAAAGAUUUUUACUUUCCUCACUAAAGAGGCUUGCCUUGUGAUGCGAAAUCUAACAGAAAAGAAAGCACCUGAUGCCAUUUUAAAAUCUGAGCUGGCACUCAGACUCUUGUGCCUAGGCUGAAUGAAAAAAGCUUUGAGAUCUAGAUAAUGUCCAACAUUUUUACCACUGGAACUCUGAGAUGUUUUGCUAGAGUUCAGAAACUCGGAAUUGGGAAAUGAAAAUAUGUAGAUUUGAAGCAGUGGAUUAAAUAAAUGGUAGAAACAGAUCAAAUAACAUAUCAUGUGAUAGCAGUUUUACUCUGACAGCAAUAAGAGCAAGAAAAAUUGUGACACUUUCAGGACAACCUGAUUAAUUUUGGUCACAACGUUGCAUUUCAAUCCUAGGAGAUAAAAGAAAUAAGGCCAAGGCCGAUGUGCAAAACAGGUAAAAUAUAUAUUAUUACUCAUAUAAAAAUGCUUUUGCAUGCCUCCCAAGAGGCUUCUUCAGAAGAAUCUAUAAGAAACCUCUUGGUCAAAAAGCAUAGAAACUAUCUGAGCAACAAAAUGUAUUUUUAACUAUUCAGCAUGAUCAGUAUUGGCCUUAUUUUUUAUCUCUAGUUACUGGUGCUGUCUUUUUAUUUCUCCUUGCAUCCUACUCCUAAAUGUGUUUACCUGGGUGUGAAGCUCAUAGAUAUAGUGGAUUUUUGUGAAGUGAACAUGGUAACUUAGGUGUGUAAAGUACUGGCUUUCAUAUGCAAUCAUGUAGCAGAACCAAACUUUUGAGAGAUUUCACCAUCAGUUUGGCUGUCAACAAUCAAAGGCCAAGUUAAAGGUUCUCAGACCACUUUGGACUUAGUGUGCUGUUUAUAUGUUGGGACUUCUGCACUUAAAUAAGGGGUAUGCAUAUAAGAAAAUUUGUUCUUACUUUUACUAGGUAAAUGUAAAACUUUAUAUUCAUUGUCAUUUCAAAUGGCAAAUUCUUUUUUUCUAAAAUAGUCUAGAUUUAGGGAUUUUGUGUAUGUGGUGUUUUCAUGCAUAGAGCAGAUUUCAAAUGCUUGUGUUAAGAUCUUGUGGUUCUUAAUUGAUAGCAAAUCAAAUAUAAACAAAAGUGGUAUGUGAACAAUGUAUGGCCCCUGAAUCUGACUUUUGAGUUGUAGCAUGUUUAAGAAUACUAGAAUAGGAGGAAUAGUGUAUAGUAGAAUUUCACUUGGAGAUUAAAUUACAUUUCUCUUCAGGCACUGAUGAGAACCUCUAUGUGCUAUUUAUCUGUGCCAGUGAGGUCAGCUCCCACCCUGAGUUUGAUUGCUUGCAAUGUUCAGAAAAAAAGAACAGACUUUUUCCACAGGACAUUCAAGUUAACUGUUUCUGAGGCUGUAAUAUUUCGCUGUGAUCCAUAGUGGAGACAAAGGGAUGGGUCUUAUGAAUCUGCUCCACCAACAGUGAAGCCUUCCUCCUGUAGAGGAAGUAUGUUAAGCUGGAAGUUAAUGAAACGUAUAAAGACAAAUUAUUCACACUAACAAGGUUCCAUCAUCAGUUGGCGUGGAUGUCUAAAGGCACAAUCUUAGUCCAGCUGCUUUUACAUAGCAACAUGACAUGAAUGUUUAGGUUUGGGGAAGGCCAUUCAGUUGGCUAGAAGUGUUUCUGGACAAAAACCAUAUGCCUCCUUGUCACCCUCCUUAACUGCUCACUGGUACUGUAAGAGUGCAAGAGUAACCAUAACUUUUCAGUUAAUAUUACUUAAUAAAUGUUUAUUCUUUUGAACCAUGGUCAUGCCAAAAACCAAAGUUUAAAAAAUGGUAGAAGGCCAAAUUUGAAAUCAUUACUAUACAGAAAAGACCAUUUCAAUGUGUAUAACAAGCAGUGCCUGUAGUAUGAUUGUAUCAUUUCACAUUGAGUUUAUUUGAAAAAUUCUUUGUUACUCAUAUUUAAUAACUUACGUUUGUGUCUGAUUGUAAUCUUCACAUGAGAAGCUAAUAAAUCAUGUGCAUUGUUUUAA